GGAGACCGGAUAUAGUGAAUGCGGGGUCCGGGGAGACCGGAUAUAGUGAAUGCAGGGAGACCAGAUAUAGUGAAUGCAGGGAGACCCAAUAUAGUGAAUGCAGGGUCCGGGGAGACCGGAUAUAGUGAAUGCAGGGUCCGGGGAGACCGGAUAUAGUGAAUGCAGGGUCCGGGGAGACCGGAUAUAGUGAAUGCAGGGGUCCGGGGAGACCGGAUAUAGUGAAUGCAGGGUCCGGGGAGACCGGAUAUAGUGAAUGCAGGGUCCGGGGAGACCGGAUAUAGUGAAUGCAGGGUCCGGGGAGACCAGAUAUAGUGAAUGCAGGGUCCGGGGAGACCAGAUAUAGUGAAUGCAGGGUCCGGGGAGACCAGAUAUAGUGAAU